AUGCCUGUAGCAGAUGAACCGUCUGCUGAUGAUCCUUCCAGUGACCCGACUCGCAAAUUACGAUGGAGCUACGCCGACUCUUCCGAUAUCCCACUUCCUGAUGAAGAUACAAAUCAGCCAUUCUGUCCUCGUCAUGCGAUCACUGUUGCUCAUUUAAACAGAGCGUCUUUUGGUCCUUACCCUUGUGGCUCGGGUUCAACCCCUCCUCAUCGCGACUGGCAUUUUGGGAAUUUAGAAUACAUCCUUUCUCGCAAGAGCUGGUGUCGAGUAUGUGGUCUCAUUGCAGAAGUUGUUGAAGAAGACCCUUCAAACUCCACCCUGGAGCGCAACAAUGCAGAAAUAAUUGCUUGCUGGAUAUGGGAUGGAGUGCUCAAUAAUAGCGGCAGUGAGGUGGGAACUCUUCGGUUGCGAAUUGCUCCAGAGGUUAUCGGUUGGGAAGACCUGUUUGAACCGUUUGACCUGGUUCCUUUGGCGGAUCUUGAGAAAGACGACGGUAUGUUUCAAGGACGCAGAAUCAACAAUGGCCACUUCGACUUAGAAGUGGUUAAGACCUGGGUUCAUAGCUGCGAGCAAUGGCACGGCAGCGAGUGCGUCAAUACCGCGCCGUGGAAGACGCCUGACUUUGGGGUUCCGUUCAUUCGAAUGAUAUCUUUGAACGAUUACAAGUUAGUUGAAACGUCGUGUCCGCCAUCUUAUGCAGCAUUGAGCUAUGUAUGGGGACCCGCUGCCGUAUUCCGGACGAUACAAGACAAUAUCGAAGCGUUGAUGCAACCAGAGGGGCUACCGGUGCGAUCCUUUCCAAAGUCCAUCCGUGAUGCUAUGACCCUGGCAAAAGAACUUGGCUUCCAAUACAUAUGGGUUGAUUCAAUAUGUAUCAUCCAAGAUUCUACAGCGGAUAAAGUUCAGCAGCUGCGCAUGAUGGACCGCAUAUACAGCCGUGCGAGCCUCACCAUUGUCGCCGCAGCUGGUUCGCAUGCCGAUUCUGGGAUCCCUGGCUUACAUCCUGAUACUCGAUCUCGCAAGCAACACACAGCCCAAAUCUCGGAUGAUCUAACGCUUGUAGCGCUUCAUGCAGACACUUACCGUAGCGCAGCGGCAACGACAUGGAACACUAGAGGCUGGACAUACCAGGAGCGCCUUCUUUCUAAACGGUGUAUUUUCUCUUUCCCCGACGGCUCUUUGGGCUUUCAGUGUUCAAAGGCCGUCUGGGGUGAAGACUAUUACGCCGAGACACCACACUUGAAGCGCUGCGCACCCAUGAUGGAUAUCUCAUUGAACCGAAGCUGGAUGGCCCCUGGAAGUGUCAAAGAGAGGGGCAUACCGACUGUGCAUAUAGCAAACACGUCGUAUUUACGUGAGUAUUGCCGGCUUGUCGAAGAGUAUACCGGGCGUGACAUGUCAUAUGCAAGCGAUCGGCUAUUGGGAAUCAGCGGAGUUUUAGGCGUCUUGCAAAGAGAAUUUGGUCUCAAUUUCAUUCAUGGGUUACCAGAAGGCAUCAUAUACAUGGCCCUUCUUUGGCAGCCACGCAAUAAGCUAAAACGCGUACCAAAGGAUCCUAAAACGAGUCUACCGCUCUUCCCGAGUUGGUCGUGGACUGGUUGGACUGGACCAGUUGGCUAUGAAGAUUGGAAUACGUUUAACGACAUGCCUGAGAUUGAAGAUCGUGCAAAACGUGUAAAGCCUUUCGCAAAGUUAGCCUUUGUAGGGCCAAAAGAGCUCGAGCAUUUCUCUCCACCGGCUGCACAUGAUUUACCUCCUGGCUGGUCACAGGUUUCUACAGCGGAAGAUGGGACUUGCUAUGUCAUGGGAACUGAUAUCCAUCGAUACCAUCCCGUCCCUUUGUUCUCCUCGUUUGAUAAUCCAAAAGAGUCCAAUAUGAUGCUGGACCCAUUUGGACUCAGUUUGCGUACACGAAUCGCACGCUUUCGGCUCACCACUCUGAUGCUGAGUUCCAACUUUAACCAAGACGACUAUCCAAUUGAACGGAAUGGCCGUUUUGGACUUUCUCUGCCGUCACCAUAUACAGGUGAUCGGCCGUGGCUGGGAACCAUCCUCCUGCCGGUACAGUAUCAUGCAAAAAUGACACAAGACCAUGAGUUCAUUAUCCUAUCGGAGAGCUAUGGAUUCAAUCACCAGGAGAUGGCACCUGUGACGGCCCGCAAAAUGAAGCCUUUCGAAGCAUAUGAUGUGAUGAUGAUCAGGAGGAUUGAAGGCGAAGAACUAGCGCGAUAUCGUGCCCAGCUUACAUAUCAGACUACCGAAACUCUUUCCUCUCAAUUAAUGUAUGAUUCAUUAGAUGGAAAAAGUGUGAUUGAAAGAGUUGGAGUGGGACGGAUGUUGAAAAGCUCAUGGGACAGUGACCAUAACUGGGAAGAUUUUAUCCUUGUCUGA